ACGACGCCGUUUCAUUCGUUUCUCAGUUUCGCUCCGAAAUGUCCCUCCAACUUGAUCUCGAGUGAAGAACACUCACUGUCAACGCAUUUAGUACGGUCCCGGGGAGAGAGAGAGAAGAGAGAGAAAGAGAGCUCUGAGCGCCGGACUCGACAGAAUGCAAGAUCCGGCCAACCCGAAACCGGAUCCGAGCUCCAGCUCUCAGGACUCUCACCACCCACGCAUGGCGCCGCCGUUUCCAGACACGACUCCGAGCGCCCCGUUCCGGGGCUCCUACCACCGUCGAACCCAAUCCGAGGUUCAUUUCCGGAUCCCCGACGACCUGGAUCUGCUCCAGGACCCGUCCGGCAGCUUCGAGGAGCUGGGUGGCUCCGAGGACGACAUCUUCAGCACAUACAUGGACAUGGAGAAGCUCGGAUCCAAACUCGAUGACGGACCCUCCGACGUGAAGCCCGAGAAUGCCGACGGUUCCAUGCAGGAGGAGGGAGGCGGCGGGUUUGGUGGGGAGAUGAGCGCGAGGCCGAGGCACCGCCAUAGCAACUCUGUCGACGCGUCUUUGGAUAGCGUAGAGGCGAAGAAGGCCAUGGCUCCCGAUAAGCUCGCUGAGCUCUGGACCGUCGAUCCCAAGCGAGCUAAGAGGAUUUUGGCAAAUCGGCAGUCUGCUGCUCGGUCAAAAGAGAGGAAGGCCCGGUACAUAUCAGAACUUGAAAGAAAAGUUCAAACGCUACAAACGGAAGCUACUACUCUAUCAGCACAGCUGACUCUGUUCCAGAGAGAUACAUCAGGCUUAUCUUCUGAGAACACAGAGCUUAAGCUUCGAGUGCAAGCUAUGGAACAACAAGCUCAAUUACGUGAUGCUCUCAAUGAUGCACUGAAGAAAGAACUUGAGAGGCUCAAGGUUGCAACUGGAGAACAAAUAACGCACACUGAUUCAUACAAUCUGGGUAUGCACCAUUUUCCAUAUUCCCAGUCCCCGUUCUAUUCCAAUCAGGCACAGCCCGGGUCACGGGAUUCCCAGAACAUUCACAUGCCACAGUUCCAUCAAUUCCAGCCUAAUAUGUCUGCUCACCAUCAGCCUAUGCUUGCAUCAUCCCAGUUGCAUGCCUGCUCAGACAUGUCGCAGCAGGAUCCUAUUGGCCGAUUUCAGGGGCUUGACAUCAAUAACAGAGGUUCUCAUCUAGUGAGACCUGAAGGGCCCUCAAUAUCUUCCGGCGAAAGCAACAGAAGAUUUUAAAACCUAACCUACCCCAGGUCCACCUUAUUUGUUGGAUUGUUCAUAGACUGACCUCAGCCAAAGGUAUGGUUUAAACUUGUUUUAUCGGACUUUGAUUCUUUGAAUUGAUUGCUCCCAAAAUUUUUGGUAGCUGCUUUAGGUCGUGAGUUAUUGAUGAAUGCUUAUCGAUUUCCAAAUUCAUUCGUUCGCGUUGCUCAUGUGAUUUUAAGAGAUGCAGCUCUUCGUGCCGGGGAACCCCCUUCUCCCCCAUGUGUUGUGUAUUCGUUUGUAACCGUAGAUAAUUUGACGUGCUGUGGAAUCCAUGUUGUUAUGUCCAUCCCUUGUCACUCAAAUUAAAUUAACUUGCUUUGAUGUAACAUACAAUUGAUGCUUCUUGUUCUUCUUCCUUUCCUGAUAAGAAAUGCAAUCUGAUUUUUAACUUC